AUGGAAUCAAGAUCCAGUCAUAGUAAAUGGUGGCCAGAAAGUGAACAAUUGUUACAGAUUAAGCCAAAUACAUGUGCCUCAACAGAUCCAACAUCAAUGACGAUGGGUGUCACUCCGCUCAUCCUGUCCAGAUCGAUCGCAUUGCGAACAUUGUGCCGAUUACAAAUGCUCUACGUUAAUUGGGGCCUAUGGCGGACAUUUGUUGGUCGAAUGUGGACAGAAUAUACCCUCUACUAUCUUACUGCUCGUUGUACCCACACAUUUGAUACAUAUCACUUUCAUUAUACAACAUCCUCUCUCAAUUCGUUAGGCUCAGUGAAUUUAGGUGGACUCAGUGUAUGGUCCUACGAUGAUUGGACAUCGUUAAAACGUCGUCAACUUUUUGAAUUAGUUAACGCUGGAUUGAAAUGGCGUCGCAAAGAAAUCAAUGAGGUUGAUGGACAGCUGAUUGUUGAUAAUUCAACUACGACACAUGGACUAUUCAGUGUUCUUCAAGGUCGUCAGAAUAUCAAUCCAAAUCUAUUCCAUCAACUGCUCUAUCCACUCUUCAUUGAAUAUUUGAAGCAACAGCAUGAUACACAGCAAAUAGUAACGAUAAUCAAUCGCAUGUCCGAACAAUUGAUCCAACGUUGA